AUGUCGAUGUUCACAGGAGGCACUCCGUCUUCAGGCCCAUUAUUUGGGUCCCCAAACCCGUCGACGUCCGCAGGCCGAGGCCAGUUCAGUCAACCAUCGUCGUUCAUGGCGAGCGGGUCAUUGGUACCGCCGUUUUAUCAGGACGAAACUUUCACCGCAGAGAUGCGAGACCGCCAGGCACGGGGGAAAGACCCGACCAGUUCUGCUGAUAAUUCAGAUCGCGACGAGCGCGCGGAAUCCCGGCUGCGACUCGGCAGUGGUCGCGUGCAUAAGGAGGACUUUGCCCAGCGGGAGAAGCGUCAAAAGGCUAUUGCCUUUCUCGACAACCCGGAACUGCUUAGGAUGUAUGCCGAGUCGACAGGGGAGUCUAUGGCUGCCGCGCGGUUUCAUUUCACAAAGAUGCUCUGCGGCUACGACGAGGAUGACGCAGCACAACCGACGGGAUCUUCAGCGCUUUCACCAUCCCAUCGGGACAAUCAUCACCAUCCUACGGGCGACCGAAGAGGAGGCCAUAGUCCGCAAACAAGAACUACUUAG